CAACCCUAAGAGUGAGAGCAGAAUGGAAACCUCCCGCUGGGACAAGACAGCAACCCUCACAGCAGGACAAGGACAGAACCCUCAGAGGAAAAGAAGACCCAUUGCAAAAAGGUUGCUGCAGCAGUGCUUUGAGGAUAUGUGCUUUACAGAAGGAGCCAACUCUUCACCCGGGAGUCCCCAGUGACCUCCAGAGUGCUCAUUCUCAUGGGUCAGAAGGCUUGGAUAGAGAAGACUUUUUCUAAAAGAGAAUGCAUCUAUAUAAUUGCCAACAACAAAGAUGUUACCAGGUGCUGCUGUGGCCAACUCAUUAACCAGCAUAUUCCACCUCCUCCAAGUAUAACAGCUAAUAAAAAUGAGGAAGAAACGAAGCAAGUGGAAGCUCAGCCAGAGAAAUGGUCUGUCAGUAAACACACCCAAGCAUACCCAACAGAUGCCUAUGGAAACCUGGAAUUCCAGGGAGGAGGACAUUCAAAUAAGGCCAUGUACAUCCGUGUGUCGUAUGACACCAAACCAGAUUCUCUGCUGCAUCUCAUGGUGAAAGACUGGCAACUGGAACUGCCCAAACUCUUAAUCUCUGUCCAUGGAGGCCUCCAGAACUUUGAAAUGCAACCAAAAUUAAAGCAAGUGUUUGGAAAAGGUCUGAUAAAGGCUGCCAUGACCACAGGAGCUUGGAUUUUCACUGGUGGUGUAAGUACAGGUGUCAUUCGUCAUGUGGGAGAUGCCUUGAAAGAUCAUUCUUCCAAAUCCAGAGGACGAAUAUGUGCCAUAGGAAUUGCACCGUGGGGCAUUGUAGAAAACAAGGAAGAUCUAAUAGGAAAAGAUGUAACACGAGUUUACCAAACAAUGUCAAACCCUUUAAGUAAGCUCUCUGUGCUCAACAGUUCCCACACCCACUUCAUUCUGGCAGACAACGGCACAUUAGGUAAAUAUGGAGCUGAAGUCAAGUUACGGCGUCAGUUGGAAAAACACAUUUCCCUCCAGAAGAUUAACACACGACUGGGGCAAGGUGUUCCUGUAGUUGGGCUCAUAGUAGAAGGAGGUCCCAACGUGAUCUCCAUUGUCUUGGAGUGCCUGAGGGAAGACCCCCCUCUCCCAGUGGUGAUCUGCGAUGGCAGCGGGCGAGCGUCUGACAUUCUGUCGUUUGCACACAAGUAUUCAGAGGAAGGAGGGAUAAUAAAUGAAUCCCUUAGAGACCAGCUUCUAGUUACCAUCCAGAAAACCUUUAACUACAACAGGAGUCAAGCUCAUCAACUAUUUGUCAUUCUUAUGGAGUGCAUGAAAAAAAAAGAGCUUAUCACCGUGUUCCGCAUGGGCUCGGAAGGACAGCAUGACAUUGAGAUGUCCAUCCUCACUGCUCUCCUCAAGGGUACCAAUGCAUCUGCUCCAGACCAGCUCAGCCUGGCUUUGGCCUGGAAUCGUGUAGACAUUGCACGCAGCCAAAUCUUUGUCUUUGGACACCACUGGCCUCCUUUAGGAAGCCUUACAGCUCCUGAUGGUACAGCUCCUGAGAAGGAAAAGAAAUCCCCAGCACCUCAGACUAAAGCAGGCAGAGGGAAAGGAAAAGGGAAAAAAAAGGGAGGAAAAGCAAAAGAAGAACCAGAAGAAGAAACAGACCCAAGAAAGCUUGAACUCCUGAACUGGGUGAACUCCCUGGAGCAGGCUAUGCUGGAUGCACUGGUCCUGGAUCGAGUGGACUUUGUGAAACUGCUCAUUGAGAAUGGAGUGAACAUGCAGCACUUCCUGACUAUUCCUCGCCUGGAGGAGCUCUAUAAUACUAGACUGGGUCCGCCAAAUACGCUGCAUUUGCUGGUCAGGGAUGUGAAAAAGGGAAAUCUUCCACCAGACUAUCAUAUCAGCCUAAUAGAUAUUGGUCUUGUCCUGGAAUAUCUCAUGGGUGGAGCCUACCGCUGCAACUACACUCGCAAAAGCUUUCGGACUCUUUAUAAUAAUUUAUUUGGACCAAAAAGGCCAAAAGCUCUUAAGCUACUGGGAAUGGAGGAUGAUGAGCCUCCCACCAAAGGGAAGAAGAAAAAGAAGAAAAAGGAGGAAGAGAUUGAUAUUGAUGUGGAUGACCCAGAAGUCAGCCGCUUCCAGUACCCCUUUCAUGAGCUGAUGGUGUGGGCUGUGCUCAUGAAACGGCAGAAGAUGGCUCUGUUCCUUUGGCAACGAGGGGAGGAAUCCAUGGCCAAGGCACUUGUGGCUUGUAAACUCUACAAGUCUAUGGCCCACGAGUCUUCAGAGAGUGAGCUGGUGGAUGACAUCUCUCAGGAUCUGGACAACAACUCAAAAGAUUUUGGCCAGCUGGCUGUUGAACUCUUGGAUCAGUCCUAUAAACAUGAUGAGCAGAUUGCCAUGAAACUGCUGACAUAUGAACUGAAAAACUGGAGUAAUUCUACCUGCCUGAAGCUGGCUGUGGCAGCCAAACACAGGGACUUCAUUGCUCACACCUGCAGCCAGAUGCUCCUGACAGACAUGUGGAUGGGGCGACUGCGCAUGCGGAAAAACCCCGGCCUUAAGGUUAUAAUGGGAAUUCUCUUCCCUCCCACCAUCCUUUUCCUGGAGUAUCGCAGUUAUGAUGACUAUUCCUACCAGACAUCAAAAGAAAAUGAGGAAGGCAAAGAAAAGGAGGAGGAAAAUGUGGAUGCAAAUGCAGAUACAGGCUCCCGAAAAGGGGAUGAAGAGAAUGGAAAGAAAAAACAACAGAGCCUUCCAAUUGGAACAAAGAUCUAUGAAUUCUAUAAUGCACCUAUUGUCAAAUUUUGGUUCUACACAAUCUCAUACCUUGGUUACUUGAUGUUAUUUAAUUACAUCAUCUUGGUGCGGAUGGAACGGUGGCCAUCAGUCCAGGAAUGGAUUGUCAUCUCCUACAUUGUGACUUUGGCUUUGGAGAAAGUCAGAGAGAUUCUAAUGUCAGAGCCUGGCAAGCUGAGCCAAAAAAUCAAAGUUUGGCUCCAGGAAUACUGGAAUAUUACUGACCUGGUGGCUAUUUCAGUAUUUAUCAUAGGAGCAAUUCUUCGCCUGCAGAACCAACCUUACAUGGGAUAUGGAAGAGUGAUUUACUGCGUAGAUAUCAUUUUCUGGUACAUUAGAGUAUUAGACAUCUUUGGUGUGAACAAAUACCUGGGACCUUACGUCAUGAUGAUUGGAAAGAUGAUGAUUGACAUGCUGUACUUUGUGGUCAUCAUGCUUGUGGUUCUGAUGAGCUUUGGCGUGGCCCGCCAGGCGAUCCUGCACCCAGACGAGGAGCCCUCCUGGCGGCUGGCUCGCAACAUCUUCUACAUGCCCUACUGGAUGAUCUACGGAGAGGUGUUCGCUGACCAGAUAGACCCUCCUUGUGGGGACAAUCUUUAUGAUGAUGAUGGUAAACGCCUCCCUCCAUGCAUCCCAGGGGCCUGGCUCACUCCUGCUAUUAUGGCCUGUUACCUUUUGGUAGCAAAUAUCCUGUUGGUAAACCUGCUGAUUGCUGUCUUCAACAAUACCUUCUUUGAGGUAAAAUCAAUAUCCAACCAAGUCUGGAAGUUCCAGCGGUACCAGCUGAUCAUGACAUUCCAUGACAGACCUGUCCUGCCACCACCAAUGAUUAUCUUCAGCCACAUCUACAUCAUCAUCAAGCGGAUCUGCUGCCGCUGCAGGAAGGGUGAUGGAGACCAGGACGAGCGGGACAGGGGACUGAAGUUAUUUCUGAAUGAUGAAGAGCUAAAAAAACUCUAUGAGUUUGAAGAGCAGUGUGUAGAAGAAUACUUCCAGGAGAAGGAGGAUGAGCAGCAGUCAUCUAAUGAUGAACGCAUCAGAGUUACCUCUGAAAGAGUUGAAAAUAUGUCGAUGAGGCUAGAAGAAGUGAAUGAAAGAGAACACUUUAUGAAAGCUUCUCUCCAGACAGUCGACCUGCGGCUCUCCCAGCUGGAGGAGCUCUCCGGUCGGAUGGUGAAUGCCCUGGAGAAGCUGGCGGGCGUCGACAAAUCCGAGCUGACGUACACGCGCUCGCGGGCCUCGUCAGAGUGUGAUGCUGCCUAUCUCCUGAGGCAGAGCAGUGUCAACAGCUCCGAUGGCUACAGCAUGUACAAAUACCACAUCAGCGGUGACGAGCUGACCUACGAUGACAGCACCACGCCUAUGUCACCAGCCAUGCGUCAAAAAGCCCACUCUAUUGGUACCAAAGAAGAUGGAGCAGACCCAAGGAUGCUGGUUCCAGAACACCAAACUGGACUUCAUAGCUCGAGUCCUAAUGCAGUUGCUACAGCAGAUCACAGUAAAUCUACGUUAGAAAUUGCACAGACUGUUUCCAGAGCUCAUUCUGGUACAGGCAGUUUGGGGAGUGAAAAGCAGGGGGUUUUCAGUAGCGAUGGAAUGAUUCCUCAAAGUGUAAACCAGAUGAAUGCUGUUACAAACAGCCAGUCAGUAGCAGGACCAGAUUUUCAGAACACUCAGUUAAAAGUAGCACGUACCAAGUUAGAAGCAACCAUCUCUUAUCCCUUGGACAAAUCCAAAGCAAUGCGCUAUUUUCCUCCUGAAACUUUCAGUGCUUGUCAAACCACUAUGAUGAAGUCAAGGAGCUUUAUUUUUGCACAAGGUGGAAAGCUGGUUGGAGGAGUUAACAACUGGACCUCGGAGUACAGUACCAUCAUGGAUCAGGUGUGUCCUUCUACAAUUGAACAGUGGGCCACGGAGUGGAAAUACGAAGUUGAGCAGCAGCUUUCUCAAGAGCGUCCUCCAGAAUACCCUGGGUUGAUCUCUGAAGCAGAAAGGCAAGCAGAGGAGAAGCAGAUGGACACAGAUGAUGAUUGUAAUGUUGGUGAAGCAGGUAUGAGUGCCUCUUACACCUCUAUGCCUGCCCCUGUCAAGGCUGAGAAGGAGAAUUUCCUGUCAGCAAAGCCCGAAAGGACUCCUGGGUUCCCAUCAGUGCGCUCCAAGAGUUUGCACAGCCAUUCCCGGAAAGCCAAGUCUGUGAAGGACAAAUUAAAUAGACCAGGACAUGCCAGCAGUGUAACUAAUUUGGUGGUAGCAUUUGGCAGUGCAACAGAAGAACAGAAAACCAGGCAAGAAAAUGCAUCCACAGAAACUGAAUGUUAAAGUGGCUUAUGGCCCCUGUUUUACCAACAGUUGAGAAAGCAGAGUGACUAAUUGAACAAAUUAGGGAUUUUCAAAUUAAUUUCUAAAGAAGAAUUGUGAAUAUAUGUAUUUCUCUUCUUUUAAACUUAAUAGAUACAUGUUGUGUUCUUAAAUAAAUGCUUGCUGGGUUGGGUGAAAGGGAGAUGUUUUCUCAGGGGCAGAUAAAAAGUAGGUACAGUCCACAGAUGCCAACUAUAUAGAUAUUCAUUUGUACCAAUUCAGUCUCCCUCAUAAGCUCAUUUACUGACAAGCUCAUUAUAAAAGCUCUUAGAGGAAGAGCAAUAUUAUAAUGCAAUAACUUUAUCAGAAGAUUUCUCAAACUGAACACAUUUUUAACCAGUCUUAGUCUUAUCCUUAUUUAUGCAGCUGGUUUCUUUGUAGCCAUGGUGUAUUUCAGAUCAAAACAAUAUUGUUGGAGGCAAGGAAAAAUUAUGCAGUCCCCUCUUUCACUUCUGAUUUCAUGCAUGCUGCUUAGCUUCUCUUUCAGAAUGGCAUGACAUGGCAGUUCUCAUCCACUGAAAUAGGUCAGAGUGGCAAAAUACAGUUGUGUUUGGAGAAGUCUGACCUGGAAAGCCAUGUGUACACAUGUUCUUAAUCUGUCCUUGAACUUCAGUGGCAUAAUCUUGCUUUCAGGAUCACAUCUGUCCCCAGCCCAAAACAUGCUGACAGCCUUAAACUGUUGAAAAACAGUGAUCAUUGUUUCAAAAUGUUUAGGGAGAUUCUAAUAAUAUCAAAUACAUGGAUAUUUUAAUAAUAGAAAUCCAAGAUCUGCAUUAGUGUUUUGUAUAAAUGAGGAUUACAACUGAAGUCUCUGUAGACUUAGAAUAAGAUUCUGACUUCUCUUAGAUGCCUGCAAGGGAAAACAAAUCAAAACAGAACAGGAAAGGUGUUCUGAUCAGGUGAGAUCAAAAUAUAGCUGAUCUUUGUUUGAAACAAAUCUAGUGUGACAAAAAUUCAUCUUCCAUUUUGCAAUUUCAUUAUGACAUAUGAGGAACA